AUUCCGUCGAAGAUAUAUAAGUUGUCUCAACAAUGUGCUUUGAUGGAAGUCAUCCUAGACUUGGCUCUAUCCCGCGUGCUCUACAAUGCGGUUCUCACUACUGCCUCUCUUGACCCUCUUGCUCUUUCCGGCACAACUCGCGGCAUUCUCAGUCAGAGGUGGCCAUUUGUCUGACAAGGGCUUGUCCAGUAUUGACCAACCCUUCACUCCUACCGAGCGAGGUUGUACUACCAAUGCCGAGUGUUUGCAGCGAGGACUACCAAUCCUCAAACCUUCGCCUCGAAGGACCGCUCGAAGAUCUGGGAUGUCCAGUCAAGUGAUCAACACCCCCGUCCUUGUGUAUCCAGCCGGCCAGGGCGGACCUAAUCCGACUCGAAGAAAACGAUAUCUUGGAGAGGCAGGGGAGAAGAGAGAUACUCUUCCUGCCGGCGCUUUUGGCUGGCUUGAGGAUACUGUACAGAACGACGGUCAAUAUGACUUCUCUACUCCGGACGUGAGCGGGGCAGUAACGUUCUCCAUCGAUAUCACUACCAGUCAGCCCCAAAGUAUCUUGAGGUCAGACUUUACGCGGACGCCAUACUUAUGCGCGGGCUUGACUGGUACCGGCCUCGGUUCGACUUAUGACGUGGCUUCUAUUACGCAAUGCGCGAGUCCAGGGACAGUUGGGGAAGCACCCAGUACCAAUGUGAAUUGCAAUGGCGACUCUACAGCCGAAGCUUUCGUCUGGGUUCUGAACACAUCGACUGGUCAACUCUCCAUACAGUGGUACAAUUCCGGAGCAAGCGAUCCGAUAGAUGCUUAUCCCAUUGGAAUCGAGGAGUCUGGCGGGAUCAUUUAUAUUGCUGGACUGAUCGCUGGCUCAUUGAGCGACUACAAUGCAGACACUGGCGGCUCAUUCGACGCCUACGAAUUCUAUAUACAGCUUUCUUAAACUGUAGCAUUCGCGCCAUCCUCCACCCUUCAUCGGCUUUCGAGCGUCUGCGCAUCAAGCACAAGAUCUAUUUUGGCGGGGUCUAUGAUUCUCCAUUUCGGGUAUCAUCACAGUAUUUUCACUACAUACUUUCUCUCACUCCUUUAAUUUGCAUGUGGUGCUCUGAUCCAUGCGGGCGGCGCGGAAGGUCACCGUCUCAAGGUCGUAAGACAUUGGAGGACGAUCCUCUUCAGUUCUCGCGAAGCAUCGGUCUUUCUGCUCAAAAUUUCUGCUCUUGUGCUAUC